AUGGCCGGCACCAAGGAUGCCGAAAAGCAGCAGAAGCCAGAACAACUCACCACCGUAUUUGAUCUGCUCCCUCGGUCAAGCGCUCGUCCACAAUGUUUCCGCUCGACUACACAGGAGAUUCUUUUCAUCCUAGUAGCGACGAUGGGCGCGGCCAUGCCCAGUGUUCUUCAAGGAUGCACCAUAGUCAUCUCCUCUUUCGUGGGGAGCGACCUCAACAUGACGACGUCUCAAAUAACAUGGAUGACAGCCGCUUCAGCCUUAACUUCAGGCUCAUUUCUCCUCUUCUUCGGCAAAGUUGCGGACCUGUUCGGCCGAAGAACCAUCUUCAUCGUCAGUCUUUUCCUCUUCGCGGUCUUCGCCUUAGCCACUGGUUUCUCGCGCAACGCGAUCACUCUAGACGUCCUGAACGGAGUUUUGGGCCUGGUGUGCGCAGCGACUGUCCCGACUUGCCAAGGCAUCCUCGGCAGUAUUUACGACCAGCCUUGUAAGAGGAGGAACUACGCAUUUGCCUGCUUCAGCGCCGGCAAUCCGCUCGGCUUCGUGUUUGGUUCCAUUUUCGCCGGAAUCGCGACGCAGCUUUUCGGUUGGCGUGCGGCAUUCUGGCUUCUUGCCAUCAUCUACUUCGUCGUAACCAUUAUAGCCUACUUCAUCGUUCCUGUGGACUACAGCGAUAAGCUUCCUCUGUCGCUUCAAUCGCUGAAGCAGUUCGAUGUCACCGGUACUGCUUUGACGAUUAGCGGUAUUGGUCUUUUGUCAUUCGGCCUCAGUAUCGGCUCUGAUGCUCCUCAGGGGUGGAAAACUCCAUACGUGCUAGUAUUCCUCAUAUUAGGCGUCUUGAUGAUCAUCGUCUUCGUAUGGUGGGAGUGCCAUUGUCCGUAUCCCCUCAUGCCGAUGAAUAUCUGGCGCGACAGGGAGUUCUCUCUACUCAUGGCAAUAUUGGUGCUUGGGUUCCUCGCCUUUCCGCCGAUGACGUUGUUUGUCGCACUGUAUCUCCAAGAGCUAUCGAAAUACUCUGCGCUCAUGACAGCGAUACAUAUGCUUCCCAUGGUGAUCAGUGGAAUAAUCGUCAAUAUCAUUGCCGGACUGGUGCUGCAUUCUGUUUCGAACAAGCUAUUAAUGGGCAUAGGAGCCGUUGCAUACACCGUCGCCUUCCUCCUCGUCGCAGUCCAGCGCUCCGGUGACUCGUAUUGGGCAUUCACGUUCCCGUCCCUGGCCAUCGUUGUCGUAGGCGCUGAUCUCGAGUUCAACGUCGCCAAUAUGUACGUCAUGUCCUCGCUGCCGAAAUCGCAACAGUCCAUCGCCGGCUCUAUUUUUCAAACAGCUACGAAGCUCUCGGUCACGAUUGGCCUCAGCAUCUAUACCGCAAUCUUCAGAAGUGUUUCCGAGCAUCCUGCGGCUACCGGCUACUACGCACAUGAUCCAUUUGAGCCGUAUGCUGCAACAUUUUGGUGCGCUAUGGCGUCCACUUUCGCCAGUCUGCUCCUCGUACCAUUCCUGAAGAUCAAGACGCAGGGUCAUGAAUGA